CUGGGGGAGAAGUGGUAGGGCGUUUCUGAACCGAAUAUGCAGCUGUGAACUGAGCUGUGGAUGGAACGGAAUUUAACAUGUAAGGAAGAGAACAGAGAAAACAAAACAACAUAUCGAAUCUCAAAAUAACCACCAAAAGGGGUGUUGGUGGGACAACAAGGUAGAGUCUCAUCCUAUUGGCUUCUGAGCUCUGUCUGCAAAAAUUUACAGCCAGCCAAUCAGUGAAUUGCUUCAUAUUGUUGCCGUGGCUCUGAAAUCUGCCUGAUGCUGUGAAGAAGACAUCUUACUCCUGAGCCCAUCUUCCAGUCACCCUCCAGUCAUCCUCCAGUCAUCCUCCAGUCCCCACUCUGUCACCUUUACAUGACUAGGACUGUCACUGUGUUCCAUUAAGCCAACUGCCUGUCACAGUCUAUUAUCCCCGCCUCAUCUUUAAUUCACACCUCUUAAUUGUCUGUUCCCUAUCUGAUUCCUGAUUGGACAUCAGCCAUAAACCUCCUCCCUGACAGGCUCCCUGGAUCAGCUGUGACCUCAGACCCCUGCCACAGCCGUCUGCUGUAGGUAAGAAUGGAGCAGGUGUACGCAUCAGGGAUGGCCGCCAAGCUGCGGAGCCAGUGGGACCGGGACGAGGGUCUGGGUCAGAACCACAACGCUGUGAAGUUCCAGGGCCAGGACUUUGAGUCGCUGAGGGCCCAGUGUCUCCAGAGCAGCAGCCUGUUUGAGGACAGCCUGUUCCCCUGCGCCGCCUCCUCUCUGGGGUUCAACGAGCUGGGACCCCGCUCCUCCAAGACCCAGGGAGUACGCUGGAAGAGACCCCCGGAGAUCUGCACCCGUCCCCAGUUCAUAAUGGAUGGAGCCACUCGCACUGAUAUCUGCCAGGGAGCUCUGGGUGACUGCUGGUUGCUGGCAGCCAUAGCUUCGUUGACUUUGAAUGAUAAUCUCCUCCACAGAGUGGUUCCUCAUGGACAGGACUUCGGAGGACAGUACGCUGGCAUCUUCCACUUCCAGUUCUGGCAGUAUGGGGAGUGGGUGGAGGUGGUGAUCGAUGACAGGCUGCCGGUGAAGGAUGGCAAGCUGCUGUUUGUCCACUCUGCCGAGGGAGGAGAGUUCUGGAGCGCCCUGCUGGAGAAGGCCUAUGCCAAGUUGAAUGGCUGUUAUGAGGCUCUGUCGGGAGGCAGCACGUCAGAGGGUUUUGAGGACUUCACAGGAGGAGUGACGGAGAUGUUCGAGCUGAGGAAGGCGCCCUCUGACCUUUACAGCAUCAUCAGCCGUGCCGUGGAGAGAGGCUCACUGCUGGGCUGCUCCAUAGACAUCACCGGCAGUCAUGACAUGGAGGCCGUGACCUUUAAGAAGCUAGUGAAAGGCCACGCCUACUCAUUGACAGGGGUCGACGAGGUGAUGUACAGGGGGAAUAAGACCAAACUGGUCCGUAUUCGCAACCCCUGGGGAGAGAUAGAGUGGACUGGGGCCUGGAGUGACAACUCCAGAGAGUGGGAGGGUGUUGACCGCUCAGUCAGAGGGCGACUCCAGAACUGCAGUGAGGAUGGAGAGUUCUGGAUGUCGUUCAGUGACUUCCUGCUUGAGUUCACACGUCUGGAGAUCUGCAACCUGACAGCAGACGCUCUGGAGGCCACCCAGCAGAAGAAGUGGAGCUCAGCCGUCUACCAGGGGGAGUGGAGGUCAGGCAGCACGGCUGGGGGCUGCAGGAACUUCCCUGCCACAUUCUGGAUCAACCCGCAAUUCAAGGUUGCCCUGCAGCACCCCGACACAGCCGGCCAAUCAGAUUGUAGCUUCCUGGUGGCGCUCAUGCAGAAGGACCGGAGAAAGAAACGCAAGGAGGGCAAAGACAUGGAGACCAUCGGUUUCGCCAUCUACGAGGUUCCUAAUGAGUACAUGGGUAAAUCAGGCGUCCACCUGAAGAGAGACUUCUUCCUGACGCACGGUUCCAGCGCCCGCUCUGAGCUCUUCAUCAACCUGAGAGAGGUGAGCUCUCGCUUCCAGCUGCCUGCUGGGGAGUACAUCAUUGUCCCCUCCACCUUUGAACCCAAGAAGGAGGGAGACUUCGUCCUCAGGGUCUUCUCUGAGAAACCUGCCAACUAUGAGGAGCUGGAUGAUGAUGUCACAGCUGAACUACCAGCAGAGACCGAGCUGGACGAGAGCCAGAUCGACGCUGGCUUCAAGAGUCUGUUUAGACAACUGGCUGGAGAGGACAUGGAGAUCAGUGCCACAGAGCUGCAGACUAUUUUGAACAGGAUCAUGACCAAGCACAAAGAUCUGAAAACAGAUGGAUUUGGACCAGAUUCCUGUCGGACUAUGAUCAACCUGAUGGACACUGAUGGUAGUGGUAAACUGGGAUUGACAGAGUUCCAUGUGCUGUGGGAGAAGAUCAAACGAUAUCUGACUAUAUUCCGUCAGUUUGAUCUAGACAAGUCAGGCACCAUGAGUUCCUAUGAGAUGAGGAUGGCUCUGGAGGCAGCAGGGUUCAAGCUGACAAACCACCUGUUCCAGCUGAUCAUACUGCGUUACACUGAGGCCGACCUGGCAGUUGACUUUGACAACUUUGUUACCUGCCUGGUUAGGCUGGAGACCAUGUUCAAGACCUUCAAGACGUUGGACACAGAUGCUGAUGGAGUCAUACAACUCAACUUCUUCCAGUGGAUCAGCCUGACCAUGUUUGCCUAGAGAUGGACUGACCCUCUGAUGUUACUGCACCAGGCUGUACUAAUGUCCUUUCAGAAGUGCCUUUCCCUGGACCCUCCUCUCCACGCUGCAGAGGUCCAUGGAGUUGAAAAACUCUUGGAAUGUUUACAUUUAGUAUGCGGGUCAUCGUGUGCUAGAGCCUUGCCUGUUACCUUAGAAACAGAGGGGGCGGCAACAUAAAAGUUGGUGGGAGAUUUUUAUACUGAUUCCUAUUGGAUAGGAAAUUUCAUUGAUGCCUUGUGUCAUAUUUUCAACAUGGGGCUUCCUUUCAUUAGCCAGUGUUUGUCGGUGAAGGGUGUGGUGUUUUUAUGGAGCUUGCUGGGUCAAAUGAUUUCCUCUGCAGAGAGGAGGCAAAGCGCUGUUGUUUUUCAGAAGUACUUGAUCAUCCUUAGAGGAUCGAAUCACCCGCAUGACAGUUAUCAUAGUCAGAUAUAUCGAUACUUCAAUGGAAAAACAAUAAUAUUGUAAUGCUGCAUACUCUGAUAUCCUUAGAGACCUCAAGGAUAUGCCUUUAUUUUAGCUCAUUUUUCAGUGUUCAAGGGGAACAUAAAUCAGUUGAUUGUUAUUUUUGUAUUUGAGAUGUUGGUUCUAAGGGAUGACUGAUUUGAUUGGAAUAGCAGGCCUGAAGCUGAUACAUGUAGUGUCAGAUGUAUUGAUGUAGGGGAGCUAUAUAACCUCUAUGAAGGUAGAGAAAAAUGCACGUUUCUUGGCGGAAAGCGAAAUAAACAAACCUUUGAAAGUAUAGAUUGAGACAUUUCCCCAUCUUGCCAAAUAGACUGAUAUUGAAGAGAGCAGAAGCAGUAUGACACUCAUUACCAUUACACUAUAGCUGACAUUUCCUGUGUAGAUGAAUGCCAAAAUGUCUUAAAUGCAUUACGCAAUCACGCGACUGUUGUUUACCAUGUACACUCUGGACUUGUUAUGCCAUCUAUCAUGGAAUGAUCUAACUUCUCUAUAUCUAUCUUUUCAAAACUUUAAUAAAAAACUUUCUGUACACAAUUAUAUUAAUGUGGAUAUGUCAUAAUUGGAGUUGAGCGAGGCUAAAAAUCUGUUCUAAAAUGAAUAUCAGACUCAUGGAAUGAGUCCCACUGUUAAUAUCAACCCGAGAAUUAUUCUCAAGUUACUUCCUCAAUCUUUUCUGGACAACAUUCCUCUGUGAGUUUACAUUCCUCUGUGAGUUUACAUUCCUCUGUGAGUUUACAUUCCUCUGUGAGUUUACAUUCCUCUGUGAGUUUACAUUCCUCUGUGAGUUUACUUUGCUCUGUGAGUUUACUUUGCUCUGGGAGUUUACAUUCCUCUGGGAGUUUACAUUCUUCCGUGAGUUUACAUUCCUCUGGGAGUUUACAUUCCUCUGGGAGUUUACAUUCCUCUGUGAGUUUACAUUCCUCUGGGAGUUUACAUUCCUCUGCGAGUUUACAUUCCUCUGUGAGUUUACAUUCCUCUGGGAGUUUACAUUCCUCUGGGAGUUUACAUUCCUCUGGGAGUUUACAUUCCUCUGUGAGUUUACAUUCCUCUGGGAGUUUACAUUCCUCUGGGAGUUUACAUUCCUCUGGGAGUUUACAUUCCUCUGUGAGUUUACUUUCCUCUGCGAGUUUACAUUCCUCUGCGAGUUUACAUUCCUCUGUGAGUUUACAUUCCUCUGUGAGUUUACAUUCCUCUGUGAGUUUACAUUCCUCUGUGAGUUUACUUUGCUCUGUGAGUUUACUUUGCUCUGGGAGUUUACAUUCCUCUGGGAGUUUACAUUCUUCCGUGAGUUUACAUUCCUCUGGGAGUUUACAUUCCUCUGGGAGUUUACAUUCCUCUGUGAGUUUACAUUCCUCUGGGAGUUUACAUUCCUCUGCGAGUUUACAUUCCUCUGUGAGUUUACAUUCCUCUGGGAGUUUACAUUCCUCUGGGAGUUUACAUUCCUCUGGGAGUUUACAUUCCUCUGUGAGUUUACAUUCCUCUGGGAGUUUACAUUCCUCUGGGAGUUUACAUUCCUCUGGGAGUUUACAUUCCUCUGUGAGUUUACUUUCCUCUGCGAGUUUACAUUCCUCUGCGAGUUUACAUUCUUCUGUGAGUUUACAUUCUUCUGUGAGUUUACAUUCCUCUGGGAGUUUACAUUCCUCUGGGAGUUUACAUUCCACUGUGAGUUUACAUUCUUCUGUGAGUUUACAUUCUUCUGUGAGUUUACAUUCUUCUGUGAGUUUACAUUCUUCGUGAGUUUACAUUCCUCUGUCUCUGUUUCAGACCGAGCUGGACGAGAGCCAGAUCGACGCUGGCUUCAAGAGUCUGUUUAGACAACUGGCUGGAGAGGACAUGGAGAUCAGUGCCACAGAGCUGCAGACUAUUUUGAACAGGAUCAUGACCAAGCACAAAGAUCUGAAAACAGAUGGAUUUGGACCAGAUUCCUGUCGGACUAUGAUCAACCUGAUGGACACUGAUGGUAGUGGUAAACUGGGAUUGACAGAGUUCCAUGUGCUGUGGGAGAAGAUCAAACGAUAUCUGACUAUAUUCCGUCAGUUUGAUCUAGACAAGUCAGGCACCAUGAGUUCCUAUGAGAUGAGGAUGGCUCUGGAGGCAGCAGGUAAGUACAGCCCAGUCCCUCCUUUCCUUAAACCACGACCCACUUCCUUUGUAGUGAAUCAUCUCUCUUUGUAUUCAAUCAUACAAACCAGGACACCUGACUACACCGGACACCUGACUACACCGGACACCUGACUACACCGGACACCUGCAGUCUGACCCACGGGAACUUUAUGAAAGCAUAUCUAGCUUUGAAAUGGUUCCCACCUUUGGUCUGUGUGUUAUUUCCCCAGGGUUCAAGCUGACAAACCACCUGUUCCAGCUGAUCAUACUGCGUUACACUGAGGCCGACCUGGCAGUUGACUUUGACAACUUUGUUACCUGCCUGGUUAGGCUGGAGACCAUGUUCAAGACCUUCAAGACGUUGGACACAGAUGCUGAUGGAGUCAUACAACUCAACUUCUUCCAGUGGAUCAGCCUGACCAUGUUUGCCUAGAGAUGGACUGACCCUCUGAUGUUACUGCACCAGGCUGUACUAAUGUCCUUUCAGAAGUGCCUUUCCCUGGACCCUCCUCUCCACGCUGCAGAGGUCCAUGGAGUUGAAAAACUCUUGGAAUGUUUACAUUUAGUAUGCGGGUCAUCGUGUGCUAGAGCCUUGCCUGUUACCUUAGAAACAGAGGGGGCGGCAACAUAAAAGUUGGUGGGAGAUUUUUAUACUGAUUCCUAUUGGAUAGGAAAUUUCAUUGAUGCCUUGUGUCAUAUUUUCAACAUGGGGCUUCCUUUCAUUAGCCAGUGUUUGUCGGUGAAGGGUGUGGUGUUUUUAAUGGAGCUUGCUGGGUCAAAUGAUUUCCUCUGCAGAGAGGAGGCAAAGCGCUGUUGUUUUUCAGAAGUACUUGAUCAUCCUUAGAGGAUCGAAUCACCCGCAUGACAGUUAUCAUAGUCAGAUAUAUCGAUACUUCAAUGGAAAAACAAUAAUAUUGUAAUGCUGCAUACUCUGAUAUCCUUAGAGACCUCAAGGAUAUGCCUUUAUUUUAGCUCAUUUUUCAGUGUUCAAGGGGAACAUAAAUCAGUUGAUUGUUAUUUUUGUAUUUGAGAUGUUGGUUCUAAGGGAUGACUGAUUUGAUUGGAAUAGCAGGCCUGAAGCUGAUACAUGUAGUGUCAGAUGUAUUGAUGUAGGGGAGCUAUAUAACCUCUAUGAAGGUAGAGAAAAAUGCACGUUUCUUGGCGGAAAGCGAAAUAAACAAACCUUUGAAAGUAUAGAUUGAGACAUUUCCCCAUCUUGCCAAAUAGACUGAUAUUGAAGAGAGCAGAAGCAGUAUGACACUCAUUACCAUUACACUAUAGCUGACAUUUCCUGUGUAGAUGAAUGCCAAAAUGUCUUAAAUGCAUUACGCAAUCACGCGACUGUUGUUUACCAUGUACACUCUGGACUUGUUAUGCCAUCUAUCAUGGAAUGAUCUAACUUCUCUAUAUCUAUCUUUUCAAAACUUUAAUAAAAAACUUUCUGUACACAAUUA